AUGAAGCAAGUGACUGCAUUGCUGCACGCAGUGGCGCUCUUCGCUCUGUGCUUGAACGCUACGACAUCACGUGCAACUGCAACGUAUCAAAAAUGUUUGGGCCUGGAAAUGGAUUCGAUGUUGACGACUCCGUUCUGCAUGGAGCUCUUUAGCGCAUGCCAGGCCGGAGUGGACGAGCUGAACCAGAAGCUCCACCUGACGGCUCUCGAUGCGUUUGAGGCUGUACGUAUCGUCUCUGCCAACAAAUCUGAGACAGAGACAAGAAAAAGUGAAAGAGUGGGUAUCGUGGUGCAACUAGCUCCUCUGUCCGACUGUCCCGCAGCUGUAGUGGCUGAAAGUAUCGACAGAAGAUGCAAGCUCACUAUAUCGAGAGCAGAAACAUACAGCAUGAUGAUGGUACUCGACGUCGGUGUUGGGUGGAACUUGGAGAGCUACAACCGCCACGUGCUAUCAGAUAUUGAAGACAACAAACAAGCACCGAUGGGGUCAAGGCAUAAUAAUGGUCGUGUCAACGGAAGCAAUGGAGCUGUGGAGAUCCUUGACGCCCGCGAUGUCCCCUUCAAGGUUGACGUCAAGGAAGUUGUGGCUUGGACACGCAUCUUCGUUACGGCGGCUUCUGUUGCCAUUUUCCUAAUAUGCUUUGGACUUUGUUUGCAUCAGCGCAGACGUUUACAUUAUGGCUACGUCCGAGUUCCUACUAUUCGAGAAAUGGCACAAGAAGCGAGACUUGCCCCACAGUCAAUGGAAAUUGACGGUCUAGAUCGUGAGUGGAACCGUUGA